AUUUCAAGUGGGUUGGUCUCUUGGAUACAUAUAUCAAGCCCAACUACCUAAAAGCAAAGUUAAGUCCUAAAAAAGCACAAAGAAUCCUCUUUGGUUGUUGCCAGUUGGCACAGCCUCCACUUCAAUCUCAGUAGCCGCCACCACUGAUCAUCUCUUUGAUGCCACGGUUUUGUUAUGUUCUUGCUUUUUUUUUCAGCAACCGAAUGGAGCGAAAGGAAUAUGGGUUUUACUUUGUACUUGAGUUGGGUAUUUGACCUGAGGCAAAUUGACUUAAAAGAAAACACACACCCAGAGAAAAAGGGGUGGAUGAUCUGGGUUUGUUGCAUCCUAUAUAUAUUAUAUAUACUGUUAAUUCACUCUUCAUCUGAAGUAUCUUCUUUAUUGAAGAAUUGACAUCUGUUAAAAUUUGUUCAUCUGAAGAAUCAGUUGAAAAGAAAGUCAGAACAGUUGUUCAGCCUGGCAUGGCUGAAAUGAUAAGGCACACAAACAUUGAUAGGAUUAGCAACCUACCAUGGGAUGUAUUAGACACCAUUCUUGUGCACAUACCAUUAAAAGAAGCUGUGAGAACUAGCAUCCUAUCAAGUAAGUGGAGAUAUAAAUGGACUGGCCUUUCACGGUUCAAUAUUGAUGAUAAAUGCUUCCCCAGUAAUUUAUCAGACAAAGUACUGAGAUGGAAAGUAAUUCUGAAAAUCAUUCAUCAGGUCCAAUCAAAUCAUGGUGGCCCAGUAGAGAAGUUUAGGCUUGCUGCUUAUUGCAUGCCAAAUCAUUGUGAUCUGGAUCAGUGGAUUUGGUUUUUAACAGAUAAAGGAAUCAAGGAGUUGAUUCUUAAGGAGUUUGACUCUGUUAAGCGUUUUAAGUUACCUUCUGAGGUAUUCUCUUGUCCACAGUUAAGUUGCUUGGAACUUUAUGGUUGCACAAUCAUGCUAUCUCCUACAUUCAGAGGAUUGAAUUCUCUUAUAAGCCUCAAUCUUUCUCACAUUUACAUCAGCAGUGAUACACUAGAAAGUUUAAUUGUUAACUGCCCAGUUCUUGAGAGAUUGACAUUGAUAAACAUUGAUCAUUCAACUGUUUUUAAAAUCAGCAAUCUGAACCUAAAGUAUCUGAAAAUCGAUUCCAAAUUUGAAGAUAUUUGUCUCAAAAAUGUUCCACUUCUUUCUACUGUUGAUAUUUGCUUAAGGGUCAAGCCACGGCACACUGAUCAAGGAAAAGCCUGCAAUUUGGUCAGGGUUAUUGGUUGUCUACAUGGUAUUAACAAGCUUAUUUUGUCCAGUAAUUUUCUUGAGUUUCUUGCUUAUAAUGAUGUACCAGAGAGGCUUCCUGCCAUGCUCAACCAUCUCUUGACGCUAGACCUAAGGGACGCAAGAUUAGACAGUUCUAAGGUUGUCAAGGUCUUACUUUCCAUCCUUUGUAGCUCCCCAAGUUUAGAGGAACUCAUAAUUUCAGUGAGCCCAUUAUGUGGGUUUUCUUUCCUAGAUUUUCAAAGAGCAGAGUGCCUGGUAGACUUGUACUUCAACAAUCUUAAAGUAGUGAAGAUAAGAGGUUUACUGAGCACAAAUCAUGAAUGUGAAUUUAUCAAGUUUAUUCUUGCUCAUUCUCCAGUGCUCGAGACCAUUACUAUUGUAACAUACGUAGGCGAAAUAAUUCCCAACUCAGUGUUGCUGCAGUUUGAACCAGCUUCAGAACAUGUGAAGGUUAUCAGCUUACGCUCAUAAGCACUACUGCCUAUGUUCAAUAAGUAUCUUAUGCAAACUUUGAAAGAUUUGUAGCAAUUUGAACCAGUUUCUGCUCAAGGCAAAAGCAUGUACUAAGAUAUUUGGGUUGUAUAUUCGCUACAGAUUUUGAGGAAUAAGCAAAAGCCAAGUCAUGAACAUUUCUUAAAA